CAAGUCACUUAACCUCCUUUGGCCUCAGUUCCUUACCUGCAAACUGAAGGGGUUGGACUAAAUGGCCCCUAAGGUGCCUCAUAACUCUAAAUGUAAGAUUCUAUGACCUACGCAUUCUUACAAUAUAGCCUUAGUUCAGAGGAGGAAACUGAGACCCAGGGAAGGUUAGGGACUUGUCCAAGGUCACUGAUGAACCAAAAAUAUAACAACGGUCUUCUGUCAAACCUGCACCCUGCACCCUGACUCCCUCACCAUCAAAUAUGGGAGGUGGUGGAGUGUCAGCUGCAGGUUAGGAGGGAUUAGGGUAAGCUCUGCAGCUGAGGGGAGAGCACAGAAGCGAUACUGAUUGGAUGGAGGUGGGGGCCGGGCCGGGGGGCUUUGCGCUGCAAUUCCGAGGCUGCUGGGUGGGAGGGGAAACGACUAGAGGAGGGAGGGCGGGGCCGGCCAAGGGCUCGCUGGGAUUUCGCGCGUCCUCGGCUAGGAGGCGGGUUUUGCUCUGCUCGGUCUAGACUCGAAAGUACAUUGGUCCGGCCGCUGCAGCCGGAGCCCUGGGCAGGCACUGAGGCUGAGCCAGCCCGAAAGACCCCGGGGGAUGGGGCACCCCGAGCCGACCCUGCCCCCGGCGCCCGAGGCGGGCCACGCCAGUUAUAUAAAGGGCUUAUAUAAAGGGCUCAGCCGGCGUGGCCACAAGGGCUGUAGCAAGAGGAGGUGCAGAAGAGGCAGCGGGGCUAACAGCUGCAGGUGCCCGCUCUUCACCACGGACGCCGUCCCCGCAGCCCCGGCCCCGCCGCGGCCGCUCUGGGCCGCUAGGGCAGCCCAGUCCCCGGGGCAUCCCCAGGACGGAGCGGACCAUCCCCCCCCGAGGGGGAAGAAAAGGAAGAGGGCAGCCCAGGGACGGAAGGGCUUGAGCCAGGUCCCAGCCCGAAGUCCCGCUCCGCCGCGUCCCGGGGCCGGACGGAGGGAUGAAGAAAGGGGGUCCCCGGCAGCGCCGUUGCUGCUCCCCCCGCAGCCCGCAGCCAUGGAAACGGGCGAGGAGGACGGUGUUCGCCGAGGGACACAAAGCAGUGAGCGGAAAAGGCGAAGCCCAGGGCUCCGGGCGCCCAGCGCAAAGCUGAGGCCGGCGGCAGCGGCCCAGGCCCAGGCCCAGGCCAUGGAGGCGGCCGCGGAAGAGGAGGCGGCCGCGGGCAAGGCCUACCUGGCGGCGGCGCUGAGGCGGCGGGAGGCGGCGACGCGGCCGCGGUACAGCCUGCUGGCGGAGAUCGGGCGCGGCAGCUACGGUGUGGUGUACGAGGCCGUGGCCGGCCGCAGCGGGGCCCGGGUGGCGGUGAAGAAGAUCCGCUGCGACGCGCCCGAGAACGUGGAGCUGGCGCUGGCCGAGUUCUGGGCCCUGACCAGCCUCAAGCGGCGCCACCAGAACGUGGUGCAGUUCGAGGAGUGCGUCCUGCAGCGCAACGGGCUGGCCCAGCGCAUGAGCCACGGCAACAAGAGCUCGCAGCUGUACCUGCGCCUGGUGGAGACCUCGCUCAAAGGUGAAAGGAUUCUGGGUUAUGCAGAGGAACCCUGCUAUCUCUGGUUUGUCAUGGAGUUCUGUGAAGGGGGAGAUCUGAAUCAGUAUGUGCUGUCCCGUCGGCCAGACCCAGCCACCAACCGAAGCUUCAUGCUGCAGCUUACCAGUGCCAUCGCCUUCCUACACAAAAACCACAUCGUGCACAGGGACCUCAAGCCUGACAACAUCCUGAUCACUGAGAGAUCUGGGGUCCCUGUCCUUAAGGUUGCUGACUUUGGACUCAGCAAAGUCUGUGCUGGGCUGGCACCACGAGGGAAAGAGGGUGGUCAGGACAACAAAAAUGUGAAUGUGAAUAAAUACUGGUUGUCCUCAGCCUGUGGCUCUGACUUCUACAUGGCCCCUGAGGUCUGGGAGGGGCACUACACGGCCAAGGCGGACAUCUUUGCCCUAGGCAUUAUUAUUUGGGCCAUGAUAGAGCGGAUCACGUUCAUUGACUCCGAGACCAAGAAGGAACUGCUGGGGACCUACAUCAAACAGGGGACAGAGAUUGUACCCGUAGGGGAAGCGCUGCUAGAGAACCCAAAGAUGGAGUUGCACAUCCCCCAGAAACGCAGGACUUCCAUGUCUGAGGGGAUAAAGCAGCUCUUGAAAGAUAUGUUAGCUGCUAACCCACAAGACCGACCUGAUGCCUUUGAGCUUGAAACAAGAAUGGACCAAGUCACAUGUGCUGCUUAAAAUUCAGGGCAAAGCAUCCCGGGCGUUUUAUAACUGGGUUGACUUCGCAGGGACCCACAAUCUCUUCAGUGUGUGCAUAGAGGGAAGCAGAGGAUCAAGAAGUGGCUGGCUGGCUGAUGGGCGCUCUCUGGACAGCUGGAUCUCUAGCUAUGUGAAGCUUUUGUUUGGGGGGUGGUUGUGGUUUUUUCUGUGUUUGAUUUUUUUUUUCUCCUCCUUUCAAUUUUUCUUUACCUUUUUUUGGGAAGCCAACUGAGACUUCAGAAGAGCAGAAGCUAUUCCGAUGGACAGGCACCAGUUUGUUUAAAGCCUAUUCAAUAUGGACACAGCAUAUGUGUACUUUUUUUUUUUCCAGAUGGGGUGGGGGAAGGAUUUUUGUUCAUCUUUCCUUUUUUUUCUCUUUUUCUUCCUUUGUGUCUCAGUCCUGCUUUUUCAAACAACAACUCAUUAGGAAAGAUCCCUUUGUCCAGCCUUUCACCAUCAAACCCGUUCAAAGCCAGAAGGACUUUUCCUAAAGGCUGCUUCUGCUGGUGUGGAACAAGGAUCCCUCCCUCUCAUAUCCUUUCCCUUCGUCAGCCAGGAACUGUUCUGGCCUGAGGAUGAUCCUUCUUGUUGGAUAACUAGGAGGAAAAAGGCCCCACGUGUCUUCAGUCCUAAGUGAUAUCUAAGUAGCCAGCACUAACUUAUCCCAUGGCAGAGGGUAAAAGAUGCAAGAGGCAGAGAAUGUGCUGGGUCAGACCUGGAAAAAUAUGAGAGGGCUCAGUACAGGGUUUGGGGGAGGGUGCCCCCAGUCUCAUAGUAUUCUUUGGUUUCCAGGAAUCCAGACCUCAGGCCACAGCCAGGAAUUGGAUUCCCCCACCGUUGGAUGUUUUAUACAUACAGUCUGUCUCUUUGUCUAUCUUACUCUUACUCUCAGUCUCUCACUUUAUAGUGAGCUUCCUGUCUCCAGACUGAGUGGAGCUAAAAGGGGGUUGUAAAAGGAUUUUCUUGUGCCCAUCUUUAUGCUGUAUUUCUUCUGCCAGGGGAAGCCAGGAGAGAACCAGUUGUGCCAAAUCUUUGCUAGGAAGGCAGCCACAUGGUGGUGUUCUUGGGCUAGUCUACCUGGUGCCCCAUUUAGAACCAGCAGGAGAGGAGGAGUCCUUUCUUAGAACUGACCCAGUUAUAAAGAGUCUGCCAGCAGCAUUAUCAUAGUGGGAACAGACAAGCUGAGGCUAACCCAGCUGGCCUUGCCAACACCUCACUGCCUUGGCUGGGUACGUGCAGCCCUUGGGGCUUGGCUGACAGAAACCUUGCCAUGCCUUGUUCCCAGUAGAUAGUGGUGAAAGGAAGUCCCUACUAGGGAUCCUAUCCCAAAGUAGGGGUGUUUUCCAUAGGAAUGUACUUGCUCUCUACAGAAGGAAAGGCCCUGCUUAACUAGAGAAGCCCAUUUGCCAGCUUAGAAAACUUUAGUGUAAUCAGCUCAUUACCUUCAAAAUUGUCAGGUUCUUCACUUUUCUUUGUGUGUCUGUACACUUUCACCCUCACUCUCACUCUUUUUCUCUCCCCACCCAGUGUACUUGCUGUAGGGUAAUUUCCCUCUUGCAUUUUAUCAUUUUCUCUCAGUAUGAUCAAGUGCUGAGGUCAAGUUUUUUGAACAUACAUCUUUGUGGUUCCUCUCCAUCUCAGUAGCAAAAGCAUUAUACCCAGUUAUAGCCAGAGUGGGAAAGGUGACAGAUGUUAAAAGAAAAGGUUUUUUUUUUCUUUUUUCCUUCUGCCUAAAGCAGGGAAGAUUGACCAGGGAUGACAGGGACAAGGAAAAGACAUUUUUACUAUUUCUGCAUCUCCUUUAGUUUGGCAGGUUCCCUCUAGCCAACACACCUAAUUUGGGACCCUGUUUUCUGUACCUGUACAAUUAAAAAAUAUCUAUUUUCCUAGUUUCCUGCUGAGAUUCUUCUAGCCUUCAAAUACUGAGAUAUGUUCCACCCCUGUUGUGGACAGUUAGCUUCAGUCAGCAUGAUUCAGCGACACCCUGCCCCAAAAUUGCAGAGGUCACCUGGGCCAAGACCCCUGCUUGGCAUUCCAUAAGGCAACUCAUUUGUUCUAGGUGUGACUCUUUGUUUCUCUCUCCAACUUCUUAGGUAGACAGCUCCUUAGGUCAGUAUCGAUACACACUGCUCUUGAAAAUCUGAUCUGAGAGAAUUCUAAUUAAGGUGAAGGCUGUUUCUCUUCCCCCAGCCCUCUUUUCCCAUGAGGCAGACUUGUCUCUUCAUUCAUUAGUGAAUGGUAGAAAACAGUCCCAUAUUCAGUGCCACAAAUUCCCCCUUGUCUGCACCUCCCUUUCCCCACAACCCCUGCACAGGAAUCCCUAAUGAGGAUUCAGAGGCUAAUUUGUUUUAUUUAAAGAUUGGUUAGAAUUUAGGAUGAUUUUUUUCCUCUCAUCAUAAUCUCCUCUCCCAGUUCUCUUUCAAGGUUCUUGUAGACCUUCCAUCUCUCCUGACCUAAACUACUUCUCCUCACCCUUUACUGACUCUCAGAAUCUCCCCCUUCCCCCACCCCUUCCUUCCAGGAGGUCACAAAAGCUCCACAUCUCAGACAUUCUAGUCUACAUGUGAGAAAAGUGGGUGUGUCUGGUGUUUGGUGGGCAGCCUGUGACCAAGAGUUUUAAGUCUUCACUCCCUGGCCUCCUAGCAUAGGAAACUAGCCUUGCCCUCUUGGCUUUGACCCAAGCAUCGGCCCUGGCUUCAGUGAGAGCCAUCUAGUCAGUUCUAAGUGCCUGCCCUUCUCCUUGUCUCCCACUAUAUCCCAGGGCUCUAUCCAGAAGCCACAUCAAGAAGGUGCCAGGCUGAAUGUUAUUCUGUGCUCUCCUCUGUCUGUAACCAGAAAGGCAAGUUGUUUAGGGGGCUAAUCUAGAGGUUGUUCCAGCAGGUCAUAGCAUGGCACAAUUAAGUAGUUCUUGAAGCAGUUAAUGAUGUUCAUUCCCUUUACCAUGCCUCUUCUCUGUUACUUUUCUUCUUUCCCCCAUGCCAGUGUCCUAUGCCUGAUAGUGGCAUUGCUCAAUUCAGAUAACUAUGGCCAAUCUCAUCCUAGUCCAAGAAGUAAAGCCUUUCCAGGAUUUCAGGAGCAAUAAGUAUUCUUGGCUUGGCUGUUUCCUUACUAUGUAGCCCUUCCCCUCUCCCCACUAAAAAUCCUUUUGGCAAACUGGUAACAUUUCAUUGCUUUCCCAGAGUCCAUAGAAUGGACUUCACCCUGUGCAGAAUAGAGAAUCAGAAAGGGCAGUCCAUCCAAAGGCCCAAGCCUGCAUCUUCCCUGUGGAAAGCAGAUAGGCCUUCCAGGCUAAAUCUGUUUCUCUUAAGACCAGAGAAUCCCAGGGACAGACCAUAGUGCCUUAUACUGGAAACUUCAGCCUCACAAAGUAUAUCACACUUUUGUCUUCCUCUCUCCUUCUCUCUCCCCUGUCUGUUCAUCAGCUCUCUUCCUCAUCUCCUUCCUAUCGGUUUCUGUGGACACUUUUUAUUUCUCUGGGCCUUUCCAGGAGCAGACUUUUCUAGUGUUGUUUUCUUAGUUCUCUGAACUGUCAGGAAAAGGCUCUUAUCCUGGGCAUAAGUAACUGUAUGAAAUUGUCAUGUUUGUGGGAAGACCAGGCUUUUGCCCUGUGACCCACUUCAUCUUUUCCCACACCUUCCUGAGGACAUUGAUUGCUCUCCUAGAGGAACAGGGACAUGGGCCUCCAUUUGGAUUUUGAUUUGUAGUAAGAGCUUUUUUUGCAAGUCAGGCCUUACCUGUUCUGUUUCUGCCUCCUCCCCAUCAUUUCUCUUUGCUGAUAGUGCUGCUGGCUGAGGUUCCUCACCUGGGCACAUCCCCACUAAUGAUGUGAGUUGGGAGAAUAUCGAUGCAUAGGAAUGUGGGAUGAGCCCAGUAGUGCAGGCUGCUGUUUAGGAGUCAUCAAACCAGGUGGUCAAGCCCCAUUUUGUUGGUCCCACUGUCCCUGCCCCAUAGAUGGAACAAGUGUCUUCCUCUCCACCAUACUGGCCUCAUGGCCAGAGCUGACUUUGCAAAGGCUCUCCUCAAAGGAGUAUGAUUGCCAAGAGGUCUAGGAGUGAGUGUAUGAAAUUGUUUACUUUUGAACUGUCCUGUUUACAGUAGGGAGAGGCCAAACUCGAGGGGCUAUGGAUUGGGACUUUCAAAGCACAAGGAGUUCAAAUCCUUAUUGAACACCUAGUAUCCUUUGUGAUGCAGCCAGCAGUUAGCCCUGGGGUAGGGGUGUUGUAUUCCUAUCCCUCUCUUUUUCCCAUCCAGUUUUCAAAAUCCAGAGGUGCUAGGACUAACAGGCCAAUAGUCUCCUUCCCAGGUCUUCCUGCCCACUUUGUGUCUCUCCCCUCCCUCCUCCUUUCAGAAUCUUCAGAUCCUUAACAUGUCUCCUUGAACCAGAGUGCUUGGAGCAAUAAAGUGUUUUGUUUUGUUUUGUUUUUUAAAAUAACUGGAGGAAAGUAAUGUCCCUAUGGAUUCUCUUCCUCAAUUCUGUUUUGUUUUACUUUUGAAGUCUCAGUAGGCAGGAUAUAGUCAGGGUUUAAGCCUGCCUGGUACCAGAAACGGGCACAAACACCACAUCUUGCCCCUCCUCCAGGUGAGCAAAUCCCCAGGCUGAGGGAGCAGGGAAUACUGCUGAUUUGUUUUGUGGGCCUCUUACUGCACACUGUCAACUCAGCUCACCAGCCUAGCCUGGGGAAUGUGCCUUGCCUACCACUGGCCAAAUCUAUACACACCCCCAGAUCCACGUGUCAAGGCUGGCUGGGGUCUCUUUUGCCAUUGCUUACCCAGCUUCCCCUUUCCAGGCCUCUGAUCCAAGAUCAGACCCCUGAUUAUACCCUUCCUUUCCCAUACUUCUUUAUGUUAAUGAAGUUCAACCAUCUUGCAGAUGGGAACCCUGAAAGCCCCAGACUUUGGGCAUCUGAUUGAUGAUCAGGAUGGGGAUAGUGUUAGUAAGGUAAGGUAGACAGAUUACUGGCACUUGGAAGCCGCAGCACUGGAUUAAUGAUAAUGCCUCUGAUCUUGCCAUGCCCAGGGAUUUGGUUAAAGAAUUGACUUCCACCCUAUUAACAGCCCCAUAGCCUGGUCCCAAGCAUGAAGGCAUAGCAAGCCUUCCACAUACUCACAGGAAUAACAUUAGCUAAGUUUUCUUGUGCACAGACAUCAAAAGCAAUACACUUCUUGCUGGCAAGCCCCCACACGUUAAAGUGGUAGAACCUGGCGCCAUUGGUUCAGUGUGAUAACAAUAAGGCUUUUAGCUGAUUCCCUUAGAAUUCUGACUCCAGAAGAGCCCACCUCUGCUCUCGGUUUUACCUGGUGAAUCGAUUUUUCUCCCCAUUCCUCUGCCCUUCUUCCCCCUCCCCCCCAGCAAUUCCAUUCAAACACUUAGAGCCCCAGCCAGAAGAGGAGGAGCCCCACCAACCCUCUGUAAAGUUGCCCUAGCGGCAGCUCGGGGCCUGGCAUUUCCACAGCACUUUGAACCCCCAGCACCCCUUUCCCAGGCCACAAGAGAGAGGGAGCAAGGUGGCAGGCUUUGUGUAGAAAACUGAAAAAGCAGGUGGCCAUGUAGUUAGAGGAGAGCAAGAGGAAAAAGUCAUCUUCACCCCUCAAGACUCCUUUCCUAAAGAGCUACUGGUUAGAACCCAAUGGCUCCUUCAACACAGUGGACAGGACAGAGGCAGGCAGGUGUGAGGGAAAGGCUUAAACCCAGGCUCAAAGUUAGUUUAAAAUACUAGUUAAUAAAAUCUAUUUUUCUGGGUUUUUUUUUGUUUUUGUUUUUGGUUUGUGUUUUGUUUUUUUUUUUUUUUUUUGCACAGAAGCUGGUAAUCUAGGACCUACGUGUGAACAACUUUAUAUAAAUAUUUUUUGUACUCAGUUUACUUGGGUUGGAUUGAAACCUUGUAUUUAAGUUCCUCGAACACUGUGGAUCCCCUGAUGUGUAUGAAUGGCAGACACUUUGUAAAUUAAGAGACGUUUGUGUGAAUAAAGCUAUUUGAUGGGGUUGAAGAAGC